AGCGCGCCGGUUCCGCUUCCGAAUUUCAAAAAUCGAACGUCGAUGUAAACAAAAGAGAUUGGAACGAAAUUUUGAACAGAUUUAACAAUUAUGAUUUUAUUGGGUGAUUUUCUUUUGUUAUUUACGUGUAUUUUCUGAUUAUUGACAUAAUGAGUAUUGUAGAGUUUUUUAGCGCUUAGUUGUACAAUUAUUGGUAAUGUGUAAAAUGUAUGUGUGUAUGUGUAUUGUGACGAUGUGGUGUGUUUUAUUCAUGUUAGUGUUUGUGUCUGUGCAAUCAAGUUUAAUUCAAGUUAGCGAGGUGGUACAAAAUUAUACAAGCUACCCGUGCACAGACCAGAACCACCUGGUUCUCGUACCUGGUGCCCUCACCGCCGGCAGCAGCAACCGAGCCUGCGUAUCACGGUUCCACUCUGAGGGCCCAGCUCAUGUGACCUUGACCUUGAAGGCUGAGGGCCAGGAGACUAAGGCUACCAGAGAUUUGCCCCCUGGCGAUGGCGGCUGCCUGGAUCUACCCGUUCCUCUGCUACCGAAUACCAAAGCUGAGUUCAUUGUUAAUAUAAGGUACCCUGAGCUCUGCACUUGGGAACGCCGUCUAACCCUCCGCAUAACCAGCGGCAGGGUCGUCGUGCUACAUACCGAAAGGGCCCGGUACCGGCCCGGAGACACCGUCCGCACUCGGGCAUUGGUGCUCAAAGCUGAUCUCGCACCAGUCCAUGGCAGUGUAAGUACACGCAGAUGUAGCUUUAAACUACAUCUCCAGUGGAGAGAUGGACAUGCCGAAAGGGCCCGGUACCGGCCGGGAGACACCGUCCGCGCCCGGGCCUUGGUCCUCAAGGCAAAUCUCGCACCAGUCCAUGACAGUAUUGAAGAAAUGUGGCUCGAAGGUCCGCCCGGUGCGUGGGAAGGGACUCGUGCAGCGCAGUGGAACCGUGUACGGACGCGGCUGGGCUUCGGGCAGAUUCAGCAUGAGCUUGAUGCCCAGGCACCGCCAGGACGAUGGACACUACGGGCCAAGUUGGAGGAUGGCUCACAGGGUGUGACGGAAUUCUUGGUGGGCAACUACGAAAUUCCGCCGUUCCAGCUCAGCGUGAAACACGCGGCCAGGGUGCUCAGAACCAGCGAGCGACUUGUCUGGACUGUGUGUGUUAGGUACCCAUGGACAGAAGCAGUGGAAGGUAUGCUAGUGAUCCGUCUCCGCGGCGCCGGCGUCAAUUUCGCAACAGACUCGACGCCGGGCGUUCGUACGGCUGUCCGUCUGCGUGCUCCGAAGGCCUGCCAUAGACACGCCGUAGCUGCUAGAAGGAUAGGCCUGGAUGGUGGGAGCCCACCUGAUGUGGUUGUCGCUGACUUCUCGUUUCAGGAAGAGGGUACGAGGAUCUGGCAGAACACGACGGUAGUAUCCCAAGUGGUUGACAAGGCUGUCACCCUGCAGUUCCUAACGAAGCACCGAGUAGUCUUAGCCCCAGGGCUGCCCUACAAGUUGAAGAUAAAAGGAACACGCUGGGACGACAAGCCAGCAGCGAACGAGCAUGUCGUCGUCUGUCGUUCACCGGCUGAACGCACCGAGGCGUCAUGUGACGACGCCGUGACGGACGCUAGAGGCGUUGCUAGAGUAAUGUUCACGGUGGACGAUGACGCCAAUGUCUUAUAUAAAUUUCAAGCAACUCUCAAAAACGACAGCAGAACAGCAGCGUCCCCACUAUAUCUGCCAGUUAGAAGAACAGGAUCCAUACACGCUGCGCUCGGGCCCUUGCGCGGCGACGCCAACAUGAGGGGCUUCGUGCCCCUUUACUUGAGCAAGGACGUUGAUACUGCGCUGAGCGUGCAUUUUGUGGUAAUAACCCGCGGUGGUACCAUCUACCGCUGGGGCGUGACCACCCAGUGCCCAAUAUCCUCAUCAACCAAUGACAUACACGCUGCACCAAGAAACAGCAAGUGCCCGCAAGCCCACCAAUCCGAAAGAAGCAGCGACCUACUGAACAGGCAAUUCCACCAAUCAGGCAACAGCAGUGGCUUCAUCCACCAAUCCGAAGGCAGUGAUCUUCUGGAUAGACAUUUGCUGCGAGUCAUGCUGCCGAUUAAGAUGACGCAUCAGAUGUGCCCGGAUAGCCAUUUAGUGGCGUAUUUUUAUUAUAGAGGGGAGUUGGUCAGUGCUAUCAAGCAUAUUGAGAUGGAAGAAUGUUUUGUUAACAAGGUGGAACUUAACUGGCUCUCCCGCCAAAUAGCACCAGGCGCCAGCGCCUCUCUUUCCAUAACCACAAACGAAUUAGCCCUCUGCGGCCUCUCCGUGUUGGACUCGGCCUCGCGCUGGCUGGCCCCCGUGCCUUCAGCCAAAGAGUCCAUCAUGGAGCAGCUGAGGAAUAUCAUCGAUAGUCAUAGGAACUUAACGGAGUAUGAUGCGAAUGGAAAAUGCUUUCUGACAUCAGACGAAGAAGUUCCCACUGCCGGCUCCGUUCUCACGCACUUGGCGGAGGGCGGAGUGCGCGUGGCCGGCGGCGCGGGCGCGGGGCACGCAUGCGCACAAGCGCCGGCGCCGGCGCCGCUGCUCGAACAUAUGCAGCCUAGGACGGACUUUUCGGAGGCCUGGCUGUGGCGCCUAGUGGCAGUUGGCGUGAACGGGACAGUAAUAACCAGCGCACGUGCCCCGGACUCUAUAACACGUUACGAGGCCACCGCGCUUUGCGUGUCAAGAAACGGCCUCGCUGUGUCCCCACCGGCCUCCUUACAGGUGUUCCGUGAAUUCUUUAUCCAUUCUGAUGGACCGAAGCGACUUAAGCGAGGAGACUCGACGAUUAUUCAAUACCGCAUCUUCAACUACCUUUACGAGUCCCUUAAUAUCGAGAUUCAAGUACUAGCUGAUCCGCACUUAGAAGUGCCAGACCGUACCGAGGUGGCGGCGAUGCCAGCUCGUGCAAGCGUGACGCGGCGCGUGACGCUACGCGCUGCGCUGCCAGGAUCAGCACGCCUCGCUAUACGCGCGCGUGCACCUGCUCAAGGAGUCAGUGACGAGAUAAUCAUCCAGAUACAAGUGGAUCCAGAGGGUGUUCCAGCUCAGGACUAUCAUUCUGCUCUACUCUGUGGACCAGGUAGUGAAGUAUCCAGCACGUCUGAGGUGUCCUGGUCCUGGCCCAAAGUUGACGCCAUACCCGGCUCUGAAUCUGUCACCGUUUGGGCCAUAGGGGAUAUCGCUGGACCAUUACUCGCUGAUGCAGAUUCCCUAGUGCUACUGCCGCGAGGUUGCGGAGAACAGAACAUGGCUCGACUUGCCACCAACCUUCUGGCCCUCAAACAGUUGGACCCUAAGAGUCCAGCAGCUUCAUCUGCUAAAGAACACGUAGCCAGAGGUUUCACUCGUCAGCUUCAAUACACGCAUCCAUCGGGUGGAUUUAGCGCAUUUGGCGCCUCAGAUGAUCCAUCCACCUGGCUCACCGCCUUCACUCUUAGAUAUCUAAGGAAAGCCCAUGAGGUGAUUUCACCGGGCAUGCCCCCGCCGCCGGCGCUGCGGCGCGCGGAGCGCUGGCUGAUGUCGCAACAAAUGGAGAACGGUUGCUUUAGAAACGAGGGGCAGGUAUUCCAUCGGGAGCUCAAGGGUGGACUCAACGAAGACGGCGAAAUCGCCAACGUAGCGCUAACCGCCUACGUGAUCACCUCCUUAGUAGAAGGAGUCUCAGAUCUCCCCUACAAAGUCCUCAAGAACACCCUCCACUGCCUCCGAGCAUUACCCCCCUUGAAGACUAAGUCACCGAACAGGGUCUACGCCCACGCUGUUCUAGCUUACGCGUUUAUGAGACUGAGGAGGUAUGAAGAGGAAUUGAGGAAGAGCAAUGAGGCGAGUCCGGGGGUGGAGGGGUUGGAAGACGACGAGGAUAUUAGGGAGUUGGUCGAGCUGAUGAGGAUGGCGAGAAGGAAGGAGGAGUUUGUUUGGUGGGAGACGAGCAGUCUCGCGACGUCAGUAGAAGCGACGGGCUACGCGCUGCUCGCGCUCACCUCGUGUCCCCCCGGCGCCGGCGCCGGCUGCGCGCAGGACGCGCGCGCCGCCACGCGCUGGCUGUCCGCGCGACGCAAUGCGCAGGGCGGGUUCGCUUCUACACAGGACACCCUAGUGGCCCUAGAAGCGCUAACCGCCUGGACAGCCUCGCAACCACCUGCGCCGACGCACCUCACCGUAACAGUCAAGAGCGGGAGCGCGACAUCAAGCGUCCUGCUCACGCCUGAAGCUAAAGUGCCGGAGCUUAUGAAGAUGCCGGUGGGGAAGUUGGAAGUGAAUGUGGAAGGAUCCGGAUGCGCGUUGAUCCAAGCCACACGCGCCUACCACACUCUUACACCGGUAUCCAGCAACAGCCUUCUAUCUGUACAGGUAUCGGUGCGCACCGAUGGCGCUUUUAACUGUGACAACGGCACCAACUGCUUCUGUGCUGCUGUUGUUGAGGCCUGUGUGGUAUGGACGGGUGAGUUCCCAGAGAUGGCGCUACUGGAUAUCACGCUGCCCGGCGGCUUCGGCGCAGACGCUGCGCUUCUCUACGCUCAGCUGCAGAAGACUGACACACUUCUCCGUCGUAUCGAGUUGUCCCCAAGCGCGGGACGCGCUACGCUGUACCUUGCAGCUCGUGGCGGUCGCCUGUACGGAGCUCAUCGGUGCUUCACAGUGAAUGCCGUAGGACCGGCGGCAGCUACCAAACCGGCUUAUGUCAGGGUUCAGGAUUAUUAUAUACCAGCGCAUAAUGACACGCAGAUGUACACGAUACCUGAAGAUUGUCCAUCGAGGAUCUCACAAAGGAGCAACGACUAUCUACGUUCAGACAACUUGUUCACCAAAUCUCUAUCAGAAGACGGUGAGAUCCUGAUCAACGACGAAUUUACAUUCGAGGAUGUAUCCGAUGGCAUUCCUCUAGAAGAUCCUGUUUACGAUAAUCUUAUAAAGAAAAGCGCGAAAAAUAUAGAUGAAAAUAAACCCAGUAACAUAGAAGAAGAUAAUCUGACAAAGAAAGAUGAGACAGAAAAUACAAAUACAAAGCAAAAAGCCAGUAACUUAGAAGUCGAUAAUGAAAGGAAAUCUAUUAAAUUAGAAUCUGAAAAUGAAAUCAUUACAAUUGAUGAUAAAAUUGAGAGGAAUUUUGAAAAUAUAGAUGAUAGUAACGUUAAUCCAGGAUUAAACAAUAACACUAACGUAGAUACACCAGUUGAUUCAGAAACAGAACUUCCAGAAAAGAAAGAAGUAAAAACAGAGCAUAGAAUAGAAAUAAGAGAUGAUACUAAGCAAGAAGCAGAGGUAGAUAAUCCGAAGCUAUCUAGUUUCCAUGUAGUAAAUUCGGAGAAAGAUCUGGAUGUUCCCGAAGGGAUUGAAGGACCGGUGCCUGUGGUUGUAUUGCCACCUCCGAAUUUCGUAUCAGUUCCUCCUAUUACGGCACCUAACGCAGCCUACCCGUCUGUCCAAGCCAACCCAAAGGCCUUCAGCUACUCACCCUACAGUUACUACAUCUAUUCUGGACCUAGGCAUAGAUACGUUUAUAAGCGUUAGACUGAUAGUUUUAAAUUGUGAGUAGGUCCCUUCUAUUCUUCAGUAAAAUCUUGGCUAGAGUUCUUUAUCAGGACAAAGAAAGAACUCGUGUCGUCUACUGAACUACUAGGUAUUAAAAUUAGCGCCAUCUAACGAUUACAUUGUGUACUUAAAUAGGCACCAAGUUCACGACUGUGAACUGUUUAUUGUUUAGUUCAUCUGAAGCUACUUAGAUGUCGCUAAAUAUAACUAAAUGAUAUUCGGUUUCCGGGAAGAUACGUUACAUAAGGAUUAUAUGUACCUACCUGAUUAAGUUUAAAAUAUGGUAUUGAAUAAGGAGAACUUGUCCUUUACUAGUAAAUACUUAAUUUAAGAAUAUUUAUUAAUAACCUCAGUGGAUUUCUGAAGUUCACAAGAGCUCUUAGACAUAAGAAACAUUGUGAAUCCGCCGCCCUUGUAUGAAGGCUGUGAUUAAACGAUUUUAUACCGA